GAAAAGGGAGGAAAAGAGAGUUACUAUAAGAUUUUACGGAUUUUCUAUAGAAAUUUCCUUUCCCCUUAGUUUCCUGUGUCAAAGGAAACGAGAGACUAGUCUACCGAAAAAAAAAAAAAACUAGAGACUGUUUAUAUUUCUAUUUAAGGGAUGAAAUAAUGGAACUCGUUCCAUCCCAACUCAACAUUUUAUCAUCAUUCAGCCUUACUCCCGAGACAAUAUGAGGAGAGAUGUUUGGGUCUUCCUCUUCCUCAGCGUCCUAUUGUUCUUAAUCUCACGCCAUUCGAUAAUAAUAGCCGUCGUUGUUGCUGUUCCCACCAGCAAUACAUCAUCCCCUUAUUUGUCCCAACGCCCAAGCCCUGCCAGUGAGUGCGAUGCCCUGCUCCAAUUCAGUCAAUCAUUUACCAUCUCGAGGGAUGCCUCUGCAGAUUACUGCGAUUAUCCGACCAACACUUCAUAUCCGAAGACAGCCUCAUGGAAGAACGGCACCAAUUGCUGCUCAUGGGAUGGGGUCACAUGCCACAUGUCAAAAGAUUACGUGAUCGGUCUCGAUCUCAGUUGCAGUAGGCUUCGGGGAGCCCUCCAUUCCAACAGCACUCUCUUCUCGCUCCGGAAUCUUCAGCGGCUGAAUCUCGCUGGUAACAAUUUCAUUGGCUCACCAAUUUCAUCGAGAUUUGGUAUACUUACAGGAUUGGCACAUCUCAAUCUCUCUGGUUCUUCCUUCUCGGGGAUCUUUCCUCUGGAGAUGAUAUCUCAUCACCAUUCCAACCUGAUUUCACUCGAUCUCUCUGACAGUCGAGAUUUGACAGUAGAAGAGGAUCGUAGUUUCAGAAGGUUUAUUAGUAAUCUCACUCAGCUGAGAGAACUUGCUCUUGAUUAUGUAGACAUGUCUAGAAUUUCUCCUACUUCCCUCAUGAACCUCUCUUCCACUCUAACAUCUUUGAGACUUGAUGGGUGCCUUCUGCAAGGGACAUUCCCAAUUAACAUCUUUCAUCUCCCAAACCUCCGCAUUCUCUCUCUUUCUGAUAAUUCUAAUCUCACGGGUGCUCUCCCCCAAACAAAUUGGAGUAGUAGUCCACUCGUCCUCUUGAGUCUAUCAUUUACAAAGUUCCACGGACCAAUUCCUGAUUCAGUGGGGAAUCUCACAUCCUUGGAAUAUUUGCACCUCAAAGGGAGCGAAUUUACUGGAUCGGUACCACCAACACUUGGAAACCUUGACCGCCUCUCUUCCUUGGCCCUCGGUGGUAUCAACCUCAGUGGUACCAUUGACUUUGACAUGUUUGCAAGGCUAAAGAAUCUUGAGGACCUUUAUCUUUCGGGGAACCUUAACGUAAUGCUUCCAAACAAUGGGAACUGUUCCUUCCCGAGGCUCAAAGAGUUGAUACUGUUUGGCGUCAACUUGACCGAGUUCCCAUAUUUUUUGAGUUCUUCAGAAGAGCUGGAAUGGCUGGACCUUAAUGGAAACAAGAUCAGUGGUCCAAUUCCUGAAUGGUUUGGGAGAGUGUGGAGCAACACGUUGACAGCCUUGUCUCUCUCUUCUAAUAAUUUCACCGGAGAGAUCCCGUCCUCAAUUUGCCAACUGAGUUCACUAAGAGAUCUAGACCUCUCAGAUAAUCGAUUGGGCACCAUCCCGAGAUGCUUUGGAAAAUUAAGCAAUCUCUCUUAUUUGGAUCUCUUUUCUAAUAAUUUCACCGGAGAGAUCCCGUCCUCAAUUUGCCAACUGAGUUCACUAAGAGAUCUAGACCUCUCAUAUAAUCGACUGGUGGGCACCAUCCCGAGAUGCUUUGGAAAAUUAAGCAAUCUCUCUGAUUUGUUUAUCUCUUCUAAUAAUUUCACCGGAGAGAUCCCAUCCUCAAUUUGCCAACUGAGUUCACUAAGAGAUCUAGACCUCUCAGAUAAUCGACUGAACGGCACCAUCCCGAGAUGCUUGGGAAAUUUAAGCAAUCUCUCCUCUUUGUCUCUCUUUUCUAAUAAUUUCAUCGGAGAGAUCCCAUCCUCAAUCUGCCAACUGAGUUCACUAAGUGAUCUAACCCUCACAUAUAACCGACUCAACGGCACCAUCCCGAGAUACUUGGGAAAUUUUAGCUAUCUCUCCUAUUUGGAUUUGAGCCACAAUCAAUUACAAGGUCCACUGCCGCGAACUUUAGCAAACUGUACAAGCUUACAGAAUCUAGAUUUAGCCAAUAACAAUUUAGACGGCCCACUUCCAAUUCCACCGCCCACUGUUUUGUUCUAUUCCGUUGCAAACAAUAAGUUUAGUGGAGACAUUCCUCAUCAGCUCUGCAACGCCACUCAGCUAGACAUGGUCAAUCUCUCCAAUAAUAGCUUAACCGGUUCCAUUCCUCACUGUUUCAUAAAUUUGAGAGCAUCAGUGUUGGACCUUGGAGCAAAUGAGCUUGUUGGUCAUAUACCAGAUAUAUUUUUCUCGGGGCAUGACUUGAGGACAAUUCAAUUGAGUCAAAAUCGACUUGAAGGUGCUCUGCCGCGAUCUUUGGCGAAUUGCAAGAAUUUGGAAGUUUUGGAUCUCAGUGAAAAUAAAUUGGAGGAUCGCUUCCCUUAUUGGUUGGACACUCUUCCGAAUUUGCAAGUGCUUGACCUAAGAUCCAACAAGCUCCGUGGUCUGAUUACUGGGAAGAAUAAUCAUCCCUUCCCGAAGUUGCAUAUUUUUGACCUCUCUGACAACAAAUUUUAUGGUCAUCUUCCGGCUAAGUACAUUGCCAACUUCAUAGCCAUGAAGGAUAAAGCAAGAAGUGCUUCACAAUACAUGUGGGUAAAUAAUACUUCGGCAACUUAUCAAGAUUCCAUUACAGUGGUCAUGAAAGGAUUUACCAUUGAGUUGGUGAGAAUUUUGUCAGUGUUUACGACCAUCGACUUGUCAAGGAACUUCUUCGGAGGAGAUAUCCCAGAGUUAAUAGGAGAUUUGAAGCUACUCAAGGGACUCAACCUUUCUCACAACAAUUUGACCGGCAAAAUCCCUUCUUCUGUGGGGAACCUGACGAAUCUUGAGUGGCUGGACCUCUCCUCGAACAAGCUCAACGGGGAGAUCCCUAGAGGAUUGGCGGAUCUUACAAUGCUCUCCUGGUUGAAUCUCUCAAAUAAUCACCUCGAGGGACUGAUUCCUCAAGGCAGGCAAUUCGACACAUUCAACCACCCCUUUGACGGGAAUCCUAGAUUGUGUGGGUAUCCCUUGCCAAAAGCUUGUGGGGCCGAUGAGCAGCAGUUACCGCCUUCGACUUCCUCGGGAGAUGGAGAAGAAAAGGCGCAAUUUGGGCACUGGAUUGAAUGGUGGGUAGUGGCAAUGGGCUAUGGAUGCGGAAUUUCAUUCGAGAUAUCAACGGGGUAUAUUAUUUUGGAAACCAAGAGGCCGAAAUGGCUGGUGAGAAAGGUUGAGCGAUGGCUAAUGAGAAUGGUCGAGAGGACGAGACGAAAAAAGACAGCUAGGUCGAAGAAAAACGCGGCUUAGAGAAAUCAUGCGAGGAGGAGCACCGGAGGCUAGUAAGAUGAAGAGCAGCAAAAAACAAUGCAUGUGGAGGCUUCUAUCAACCGAGGGUUAUGGCAAUUUAUCAAUGAUCAAGAAGAAAGCUCACCUUCUUCAAUCCAUAAGCAUCUUCAUUUUUUCUUUUUUCGGUUUCAAUUGGAAUGACCGUAAUCGUGUAUUUUAUUUCUCCAUAAUAAAAUGAAGCAUCUAAAUAAGAUCAAUACAACUUGAAGCGUUUGUUUGGAGUA